AUGAAGGAAAAGUCCAAGAAUGCUGCGAAGACUAGAAGGGAAAAAGAAAAUGGAGAAUUCUACGAACUGGCCAAGUUGCUGCCUCUGCCUUCAGCUAUCACCUCCCAGCUGGACAAGGCCUCCAUCAUCCGCCUUACCACCAGCUACCUGAAAAUGCGAGCUGUCUUCCCAGAAGGUUUGGGCGACGCCUGGGGCCAGCCGAGCAGAAUAGGGCCCUUGGAUAAUGUGGCUAAAGAGCUGGGAUCUCAUUUGCUUCAGACAUUGGAUGGAUUUGUUUUUGUGGUAGCAUCUGAUGGCAAAAUAAUGUAUAUCUCUGAAACCGCAUCUGUUCAUCUCGGUUUAUCCCAGGUGGAGCUUACUGGCAAUAGCAUUUAUGAGUAUAUACAUCCUUCUGACCAUGAUGAGAUGACAGCAGUGCUUACAGCACACCAGCCUCUUCAUCCUCACCUCUUACAAGAGUACGAAAUAGAGAGAUCAUUUUUUCUCCGGAUGAAGUGUGUCUUGGCCAAGAGGAAUGCAGGCUUGACAUGUAGCGGCUACAAGGUGAUCCACUGCAGUGGCUAUUUGAAGAUUCGUCAGUAUAUGCUGGACAUGUCCUUGUAUGAUUCCUGUUACCAAAUUGUAGGACUGGUGGCUGUGGGUCAAUCUUUACCUCCCAGUGCAAUCACUGAGAUCAAGCUUCACAGUAACAUGUUCAUGUUCAGAGCAAGUCUGGACUUAAAACUUAUAUUCCUAGAUUCCAGGGUGACUGAUUUAACUGGAUAUGAGCCCCAAGACUUGAUAGAGAAGACCCUCUACCACCAUGUCCAUGGCUGCGAUGUCUUCCAUUUACGAUAUGCUCACCAUCUCUUGUUGGUGAAAGGCCAAGUCACAACCAAGUACUAUCGACUACUGUCCAAGCAUGGAGGCUGGGUUUGGGUACAGAGCUAUGCUACCAUCGUGCAUAACAGCCGUUCAUCUCGGCCUCACUGCAUAGUGAGUGUCAAUUAUGUCCUUACAGAUAUUGAGUACAAGGAACUUCAAUUAUCACUGGACCAGGUUACCAUUUCUAAGUCACAGUUUUCAUGCAGAAACUCAAUGUCUACCUCACAAGAAACAAGGAGAGUAGCAAAACCCAAAAGUAAUAAAAUGAAGGCAAAACUCAGAAUGACUCCUUACCCGCAACAGCAAUACAGCUCAUUCCAAACAGACAAACUGGAAUGUGGCCAGGUUGGAAGCUGGAGAUCCAGCCCUACAGUGAAUGCUGGCACCAUCCAAGAACAGAACUUCCAUUCAGAAAACAGUGAACUUUUAUAUGCCCCCUCAUAUAGUUUGCCUUUCUCUUACCAUUAUGGACACUUCCCUGUAGAUUCUCAUGUCUUCAGUAGCAAAAAACAAAUGCUGACUUCUAAAUUUGGGCAGUCUCAAGGAUCACCUUGUGAAGUGGCUCGUUUUUUCUUGAGUACAUUGCAGACAAGUGGAGAGCGCCAAUGGCAUUAUGCCAACUCUUUAGUACCUACCAGCCAGUCGCCGUCUAAAAAUCUUCCUGAUCAACCAAUAAAUGUUGCAUGUCAUAAUCUUGCACAGAGUUAUGAAGUGCCCAUACCAAACAGAAGAUACAGCCAAGAUGCUACAUCUGACAGCUUUACAAGUUGUGCAACAUCCAUGCCAAACAGCAGAUACAAAGAAGAGAUUUACAACUCCAGCAUCAUGAAACCCAACAAAAUGGAAAGCAGGAUACAUCCAUCUCAUCAUCUCAUUAAAGAAGAAAACAAGUUAGCUUUCAGCAGAGACCUACAAGAAAAAGUGUGUGUUAAUGAAAAGUCUUUUUCAAACUCCAUAGCUAAUUCCUUGUUGCCAAAAUCAGAAUGUUUUCAGGCUAAAGCUAUUGGACAAUUAAGUCAUCUCCUGCCAGUGCCAACAGUAUAUGAACAAACAAGGAGAAUAUGUAUGAAAGAACCAAAAUAUGGGCAUAUUAGCCAUCAUGCUAUGAACCUGGAUGAACUAGACAACGAUGACAGAAUGACAGUAAAGCUUGACCAUGACUCUGAAAAUGAACACAUGAUGGAUACAAGAACUACUGGACAAGUCCCAUUUGUAUUUCUGAACUAUCACCAUGUUUUAGCCAAACACGGUACAUUUCAAACCUCAUCAUGUACAGCGACUGGACACGUAGCAGAAAAUUAUGGAUACACUUCUGAAGAGGUAAAUACAUUUAUUUAUAAAAACCAAAGUCCAUCAUCAGCCUCUUCUCCAGAAACCCACAAGGAGACUGCACUACCCCAUUAUAUUGGAACUUCUGUAAUAAUAGCCAAUGGGAGGUGACGAUAAUAGAAAUGUAUUUCUUAAUUAAAAACAAACCCAAACUAUAAUAAUUUCUAAAAAGCAUGAGAAAACAUGGUUACAUUUACUGAGCAUAGCAGAAGGUCAGUGAGGGACAAACUUGUAUAUGUUCUUGGCAAGUAAUGUGUAAUAGUACCUUUAAGGUCAGAAAAAUACACAUGUAGCUUCAGUGCUUCAUUGUUACAGAUUAAUCUCUGGUGUAGACUCUGCCAGUAAGAAGCCAUAUAAAGAUCAUAUUUUUGUUAUUUUACAGUGUGUAACAAAAUUAAAGGGUAAGUGUUAUAUGCCUAGAAUUAUACAGAGGCAACUAUUUUUUUUUCUUUUUUUAAAAACUAGGACUCCAAAAUAUAUUCAAGAUUUUUAUCAUUAAUAUGAACCAUAAAAUUUAGUUGAAAUGUUAUCUGACAAACACUGUGAAAUACUAGAGCAAUUUUCAAUCCAUGUUGUAAACAACCUGACAAAUGAACUUUGUUUAAAAAAUGGUAAUGAAUCUUAGGUAUCCAUGACAUAAUUGCAUGAACUAACAACAAUUCACAUUGUCUUGGAAUGCUUAUUAAUUAUUUGAAUGGUCUAAAACAAAGUUUGAUGAUUCUACCUUGAUGAUAUAUUUUAACACAGAGUCAGGAAUUCAUACCUUGUUGCUAUCACAGUGUAUUCCAGAGGGAUGAUAAAAUGUCAAACUAGACGACACAGAUACAUAUUAAAAAGUCUUGUCAUAGCAAGAUUGGCACAACAUGAGAUCACACUGCAAGGACUGAAAAUUACUCCCAAUAAAAAAAUGCUAAAUGAUAAGAAAUAACUUUUUGAAGUGUGUGCCACUGGAUAUACUGGGAGAAGAUUGUGCACUUUUUCAAACAAACUAUUCAAAAGACCGUCCUGAUAGGAAUUUCUUAUUCUAGACAGCGUAGGAAAUAGUGAAAAGAAUUCAGUGAAACUUUACAAGCUUGGUUCAAAACGUGUCAGCAGUUUCUAAAGUUUUGAAAAAGUUCUGGUUUUAGCAAACUGGAUUGUCUCAAGGUUGAAUUCUCCUUGUCGACCCGAAGUCAAGAUUCAGGUUUCACAGAUUCUCUCUCACCACAAAAAUACUUUGAUGGACAGUUUGGACACAAGAAACCACUGCAAGUUACAAAAAGCAGCUUGAGUACAUUUGUGUUAGAGCUGAACAUUUCGCACAGCUCUCAUGGUUAGGUACAGUAAACUGUAUCCAGGAAAAAGCAUUUCAGAUUAGCAGAAAAUCCCCAUCUACUUAGUUUUGUUCAGUAUUUCCAAUAAAGUACCAAUUAGUUAUUUUCGCCUGUCCCUACAGUGUACAAAUCAGGACAUAAGGAGACAUACGUGUUUACAAUAGAACCUCACUGUUACAAACACAGGGAGUUACAAACUGACCAGUCAACCACCCCACCUCAUUUGGAACUGGAAGUACACAAUCAGUCAACUGUAGAGACCGUCCUCUCCAAAAAAGUAAAUACAGUACUGUACUGUGUUGAACGUAAACUACAAAAAAAGUAAAGGGA